AUGGCGUCUACAGAAGUGCACCAUCUUUUCCAUCGGCCGAUCGCUGAUCAUUGCUUCUCUGUUGAUAGGCAGACCCUCGCUGUCGCAAAGGAAAAUGUGGUGGAUCUUUACCAGAAGAAAGCGGGCAAGUUCGCAUUGACCGAUGAACUAAAGGGCCAUGACAAAACUGUCACCAGCGUGGAUAUUGCUCCACGAAGUGGGAAAAUUGUCACUUGUUCCCAAGAUAGCAUAGAUAGGAAUGCGUACGUCUGGGAGCACACCUCUUCUGGCUGGAAGCCAACCCUUGUACUGCUUCGUAUCAAUAGGGCAGCCACAUUUGUUCGUUGGUCGCCUUCAGAACAAAAGUUUGCUGUUGGAUCUGGAGCUCGCGUGAUUGCUAUAUGCUAUUUUGAAGAGGAAAACGACUGGUGGAUCUCAAAGCAUCUGAAGAAACCUAUUCGCAGUACUAUUACCACCUUGGCCUGGCAUCCUAAUUCCGUCCUCUUAGCUGCAGGCUCAACAGACUCUCAUGCACGAGUCUUUUCGAGUUUUAUCAAAGGUAUUGACGAGCGGCCACAGCCGACCGCCUGGGGAGAGCGUUUGCCAUUCAAUACAGUCUGCGGUGAAUUUCUAAAUGACUCUGCGGGCUGGGUUCAUGGCUGCGCAUUCUCGCCUAGUGGAAAUGCUCUCGCAUUUACUUGCCACGACAGCAGCGUCACCAUUGUUUACCCAAGUGCCCCGGAACAGCCUCCACGUGCAAUGUUGAAUAUUAGCACUCAAUUGUUGCCGUUCAUGUCUUUGGUUUGGAAUGGCGAAAACGAGAUCUUAGCCGCAGGUCAUGAUUGCGAGGUAUAUCGCCUUGGUGGUGACGAACAUGGGUGGCAGUUGAGUGGAUCUAUGGAGAAGAAGGCUAACCCGAACAUUGGGCCUGCGCGCGAGGAAUCCGCACUGAAUAAGUUUCGGCAAAUGGAUUUGAAAGGCAGCACCAAAGACGAUUCGAGGCUUCAGACCUUGCAUCAAAAUACCAUAAAUACUCUGCGCAUUUACGAAGAGUCAGGAGGGGCUGUGAAGAAAUUUAGCACCAGUGGAGUUGACGGAAGGGUUGUGAUCUGGCAGGUCUAG